GUACCAUUUCCCCUCUAGAAGCAAUGUUUUGUAAAUACGUUGUAGGAACAAAUCACAUGUUUUUUCUUCCUUCAUAAAAGUCGUAGUCGCAAGUGGUCGCGUUUAGGACCUAGAAUGAUUUUUCAAAAAUAUAUUCCAGUUAAUGUGAUUUUUACUUUGUUAUUCGUUACGGUUGUUCAUGGUGCAAAAAAUUCAGAUGAAUAUAACGGCGGUCAGAAUAAACCAGAUAUUGCUAGACAGGGGAAAACAAAGAAAGCUCUUAUGACUCAGAAAACAGCAACAGGGACGUUCUCAAAUGUAAUAACUCAAAUACAGAAUUUGCCGACAAUGGAUCUCGGCAGAAAGUUCCGGACGCCGUGCAAAACUGGUAAUCGUUGUGGAAAGGUAAUCAGAAGACUGAUGGUGCCAAAAUUGGCGCAGCUGGAGAACACGAUAAUGGGCAUCAUGAAAGAGUUGGCAAAGCUGCCUCCUGGCUCCCGACUCCCGGACAAGUUCACGAAGACAGAACCCAUUAAAUUACUGUUGGAUCAAAAUUAUAAGGAGGAUGUAUGCAUGGACAAGCUCGAGUCGUGUCUGAAGGAAGAUAAGCGGAGGAAGCGAAUCCUGAAGAAGUUAUUCUUCAAGAAGUAUAACUCUUUGCGACAAGACCUCAUUGGCUACGGAGGACGGAGACUGUGGGGCGGCGAGGGCAACCUUUUCUAUAGGAAAUAAAUGUAGUUUAUAUGAUAAUAUAGUUAAUUAUAAUA